AUGAAAAAGAAGGUUCUACUACAACCUCUGAUGGUAUAUAUAUUUGUCUACACCAAUGCUUACGACUGUUUGUUUGAUAUUUUUAUCUUCCUUACUAUUUGCUUUCCUACUUCUCAAGCUAAGAUGACACUUUUCUGA